CGGCCUCGGCGCAAUGCGGAAGAGAUGGGCCUGCUGGAGAGGAAGUGACGCUUCCGGCGGCUGUGGCGGCGGCGGCUGCGGGAGAAGGAGGAGGAGGAGCCGGAGGAAGAGGGCUGCCUCCGAAGAAAGGAGAAUGGCGUUCAGCAAAGGAUUUCGGAUCUAUCACAAAUUGGAUCCCCCACCUUUCAGUCUCAUAGUGGAAACUAGGCAUAAGGAGGAAUGUCUCAUGUUCGAGUCUGGGGCUGUAGCUGUGCUUUUUAACACCCACAAAAAGACGAUGACAGGAGAAGAACAAGUAGCCAGUCUGACCGACACAUGCAUUAAAUUCACAAGCUGUCCCAUUAUUUUUCAACCCAUCUCGUGCUUCAGCAGAGCAUCUGCAGAAAAAGAGGCAAUCAAGGGUACAUACUCCAAAGUACUGGAUGCAUAUGGACUCUUAGGUGUUUUACGAUUAAAUCUUGGUGACACCAUGUUACAUUACCUGGUCUUAGUCACCGGAUGUAUGUCUGUUGGAAAGAUUCAAGAAUCUGAAGUUUUCCGAGUUACUUCCACUGAAUUUAUAUCACUACGAAUUGAUUCUUCAGAUGAGGAUCGCAUUUCAGAAGUGCGAAAAGUUUUGAAUUCAGGAAACUUUUAUUUUGCAUGGUCUGCAUCUGGAAUCAGUUUAGAUCUGAGUCUUAAUGCACAUCGCAGCAUGCAAGAACACACAACUGAUAAUAGAUUUUUCUGGAAUCAGUCUUUGCACUUGCAUCUCAAGCACUAUGGUGUGAAUUGUGAUGACUGGUUAUUACGCCUCAUGUGUGGGGGAGUAGAAAUCAGAACAAUUUAUGCCGCUCAUAAGCAGGCAAAGGCUUGCCUCAUUUCCAGACUCAGCUGUGAACGAGCUGGGACCAGGUUUAAUGUCCGGGGAACAAAUGAUGAUGGUCACGUCGCUAAUUUUGUAGAAACAGAACAGGUUGUGUACUUAGAUGACUCUGUUUCUUCUUUCAUACAAAUCCGGGGAUCUGUUCCAUUGUUCUGGGAGCAACCAGGGUUGCAGGUGGGAUCUCAUCGUGUUCGUAUGUCAAGGGGAUUUGAAGCCAAUGCCCCUGCUUUUGACAGGCAUUUUAGAACACUUAAGAAUUUAUAUGGUAAACAAAUAAUAGUAAAUUUGCUUGGAUCUAAGGAAGGUGAACAUAUGCUAAGUAAGGCUUUCCAGAGUCACUUGAAAGCUUCUGAACAUGCUGCUGAUAUCCAGAUGGUGAAUUUUGACUAUCAUCAAAUGGUUAAAGGAGGAAAGGCAGAAAAAUUACAUAGUGUUCUUAAACCUCAAGUCCAAAAGUUUGUAGAUUAUGGAUUUUUUUAUUUCAAUGGAAGUGAAGUUCAAAGAUGCCAGAGUGGUACAGUUCGAACAAACUGCUUGGACUGUCUUGAUAGAACAAAUAGUGUGCAGGCGUUCCUUGGCUUAGAGAUGCUAGCUAAACAGCUGGAAGCUCUCGGCUUAGCUGAAAAGCCUCAGUUGGUGACUCGCUUUCAAGAAGUUUUUAGGUCGAUGUGGUCCGUGAAUGGUGAUUCAAUCAGUAAGAUAUACGCAGGGACUGGAGCUCUUGAAGGAAAGGCUAAGGCUGGAAAGUUAAAAGAUGGUGCUCGUUCUGUUACUAGGACGAUUCAGAAUAACUUCUUUGACAGCUCCAAGCAAGAGGCCAUAGAUGUUUUACUUCUGGGAAAUACUCUAAAUAGUGAUUUAGCUGACAAAGCUCGAGCACUUUUAACUACAGGAAGUUUGCGUGUUUCUGAACAGACAUUACAGUCAGCAUCUUCCAAAAUACUCAAGAGCAUGUGUGAGAAUUUCUACAAGUAUUCAGAGCCCAAGAAAAUUCGAGUAUGUGUUGGAACCUGGAACGUGAAUGGUGGGAAGCAGUUUCGCAGUAUAGCUUUUAAGAAUCAGACACUUACCGACUGGCUUCUUGAUGCACCAAAGUUGGCUGGCAUCCAGGAGUUUCAAGAUAAAAGAAGUAAGCCAACUGAUAUAUUUGCAAUUGGUUUUGAAGAAAUGGUAGAGUUGAAUGCUGGAAACAUUGUGAAUGCAAGCACAACAAAUCAGAAGCUCUGGGCUGUGGAGCUGCAGAAGACCAUCUCCAGAGACAACAAGUAUGUGCUGCUCGCCUCUGAGCAGUUGGUGGGCGUCUGCCUGUUUGUUUUUAUCAGACCACAGCACGCUCCCUUCAUCAGGGAUGUUGCGGUUGAUACUGUGAAGACUGGAAUGGGAGGUGCCACUGGAAAUAAGGGAGCAGUUGCAAUACGAAUGCUAUUCCAUACAACAAGCCUCUGCUUCGUCUGUAGCCACUUUGCUGCAGGGCAAUCACAAGUCAAAGAAAGAAAUGAAGAUUUUGUAGAAAUAGCACGGAAAUUGAGUUUUCCAAUGGGAAGGAUGCUGUUUUCCCACGACUAUGUAUUUUGGUGUGGUGACUUCAACUAUCGCAUUGAUCUCCCUAAUGAAGAAGUUAAAGAGCUGAUAAGACAGCAAAAUUGGGAUUCUCUUAUAGCAGGAGAUCAGCUUAUCAAUCAAAAAAAUGCUGGACAGAUUUUUAGAGGAUUUUUAGAAGGAAAAGUAACCUUUGCUCCGACAUACAAAUAUGACUUGUUUUCUGAUGACUAUGACACCAGUGAAAAGUGCCGCACCCCUGCCUGGACAGACCGUGUCCUCUGGAGAAGAAGGAAGUGGCCUUUUGAUAGAUCAGCUGAAGAUUUAGAUCUUCUAAAUGCUAGUUUUCAAGAUGGAAGCAAAAUCCUCUACACAUGGACUCCUGGCACUUUGCUGCACUACGGAAGAGCUGAGCUGAAGACCUCUGACCAUAGGCCUGUCGUUGCCCUGAUUGAUAUAGAUAUAUUUGAAGUUGAAGCUGAAGAGAGGCAAAACAUUUAUAAAGAAGUAAUUGCAGUUCAGGGUCCACCAGAUGGUACAGUAUUGGUCUCAAUCAAAAGUUCUAUCCCAGAAAAUAAUUUUUUCGAUGAUGCUUUGAUUGAUGAGCUUCUGCAGCAGUUUACAAAUUUUGGUGAAGUUAUACUCAUAAGGUUUGUAGAAGAUAAAAUGUGGGUUACAUUUUUGGAGGGAAGCUCUGCCUUGAGUGUUCUGAACCUAAAUGGUAAAGAGUUACUGGGUCGGACUAUAACUAUUACUUUAAAAAGUCCAGACUGGAUCAAAAAUUUGGAGGAAGAAAUGAGUUUAGAGAAAAUUAAUGUUGCAUUGCCAUCAUCGACAAGCUCCACCCUGCUUGGUGAAGAUGCGGAGGUCACAGCAGAUUUUGAUAUGGAAGGUGAUGUCGAUGACUACAGUGCUGAAGUUGAGGAAAUUCUUCCCCAACACCUGCAGCCAUCUUCAAGUUCUGGCCUUGGCACUUCCCCAAGCUCUUCACCCCGGACCAGUCCCUGCCAGUCACCAACCAUAUCAGAGGGCCCCGUACCUUCCCUUCCCGUAAGACCAAGUCGAGCGCCAUCGAGAAUUCCUGGGCACCCAACUUCACAAAGUUCUCCUAUUGACACUCUGCCAGCAACACAGCUGCAGCAAAGAGAUUCUCAGCCCCUAGAGCCCAAGAGGCCUCCUCCCCCCCGCCCAGUUGCUCCUCCUGCACGCCCUGCUCCCCCCCAGAGACCACCUCCACCUUCAGGGGCUAGGAGUCCUGCACCUGCUAGAAAAGAAUUCGGAGGUGUUGGAGCCCCUCCCAGUCCUGGGGCACCUAGGCGAGAGAUGGAAGCACCCAAAAGCCCUGGAACAACACGGAAAGAUAAUAUAGGGCGCAAUCAGCCUUCACCUCAGGCAGGAUUCACAGGCCCAGGACCUGCUGGAUACAGUGCAGCCAGACCGACUAUUCCGCCCCGUGCUGGAGUGAUCAGUGCCCCACAGAGCCAUGCUCGAGCAUCUGCUGGAAGACUGACCCCCGACAGCCAAAGCAAACCACCAGAAGUAGUGAAAGGGUCAGUUCUUCUGCCUGAACCGCUGAAGCCUCAGGCUGCCCUUCCUAUGCAGCCUUCUCCACCCCCGCCUGUUCAGAAGCUGCAGCAGCCUCUUGUCCCCACGGCAGCACCUUUGCCUCAGUCUGCCCCCCAGCCAAGCUUGGAAACCCCACCUCAGCCACCCCCUCGGAGCAGGUCGUCCCACAGCUUGCCUUCAGAGCCUUCGUCACAACCACAAGUAAAAACAAAUGGAGUCUCUGCUGUCAGACUGGAAUCACCAUUAAAGAGCAACCCAUUUGAAGAUCUGUCAUUUAAUCUGCUUGCUGUAUCAAAGGCUCAGUUAUCUGUUCAAACAUCAUCAGUUCUAACUCCAAACCCAAAGGGGUUGAUUCAGUUGCCUUCUGCAACGCAAAGUAGCGUGAAUACCUUGAGUUCUGUAAGUUGCAUGCCUCCAGUUCCAGCCCGGAGUAAAUCCCAGGAAAAUAUGCGAUGUUCUCCAAACCCAUUUGUUACUAGCUUGACCAGCACAAAUCCUUUUGCGGACAGGACUGCCACUCCUGGAAACCCAUUUAGAGCCGAGUCUCAAGAAUCAGAGGCAACUUCCUGGCUCUCCAAAGAAGAGCCUGUUGCUAACAGUCCUUUCCCCUCUCUGAAGCCUCUUGGUCAUAACAGCAGCAAGCCUGCAUCUUCAUUUGAUGGUUUUAAGGACAGUUUUGAUCUGCAGGGCCAGUCUACGGCAAAAAUCAGCAACCCAAAAGGAUGGGUAACCUUCGAGGAAGAAGAGGACUUUGGUGUGAAAGGGAAGUCAAAGUCAGCUUGUCCAGACUUGCCAGAUCAUCAGCCGAGUUCACUUUCUGGCUCCAGGGUGACCUUUGAUGAUGACUGGAAUAAAGGUACAAAUGUUCCUUUCUGUGCAUUGCCAUCAAGGAGACCACCUCCACCUCCUGUCACUCUGCUCCCACCUGGCACCACCCCUUCCGUAGCUCCUUUCACAACCUUUGCAUCUAAGGCAUCACCCACACUAGACUUUACAGAAAGAUAAAGUUAUGCAAUAGAAAACAACUGUUUUUUUUGUUUUGUUUUGUUUUUAGUUUGGGCAGGUUAGAGCCAAAAGAAUUGGGCAUUAGUUAUUCAUUAUGUGCAAUAAAUAAUUGUUAAGUGCACUGAUGUUGUCAUGAAAUACCACUAUUUAAUGUGUACAGAGUUGGAAUAUGUGUAUAUUGGAAAUAAGGAAAAAAAUCCUUCUCAUUAUUAACUGGAGUUUUGGUGUGUUUCUGUUUGGCUAAGUAAGAGUAGUAGCCAUAAACAGUGCUCAAAACUACUUUAGAAAGUAGUCCCUAUCCAGAAAUUCUUUGUCGGUCUUCUCUGAAGAAUCUCAAAAAGCCCAGACAGCUUUAGCUGAUAUUACUACCAGCUCUUCAUACUUGGUAACAUUUGGUGUUUCCAAGUAGUUACAAAGAGCUAUCAGUGUUAUACUGAAACAAUUUUGAAAGGCGUGGCUUUAAAAAAAAAAAAAGUGUGUGUACCCACUACACACGUAUACAUAUAUAUAUAUAUAUAUAUACACUUACAUAAUUGUAAAACUCAUAACUUAAAUUCUAGGAUAUAACUCAGACCAAAUUUUACCUAAAAGUUCUAACAGAGUGAGUUAGCUUUUCAAUAUUUCAUUACCCAAAGGAUGGCUAUAAAUGAAAUUUGGACAUUUCCUUAAUUUUCUUUCCAAAACUAGGAUCUCACUACAGAACCAGAUUUUCCUAUACCAUUCCACCCCCCUCCCCUGAACAUACACAUAACACACAUCUUUGUUACUUUGCACUCCCAGUACCUCCAUAUGCUUUUCUCUGGGAGGAGGUUCUUGCAGCUGGAAGCAGCUGAUUUUGUGGAUGGACACUCCAGCCCUUACAAAAAAGCACUGUGGCCUUAUCUGUCAGGAAGGCACAUACCUCCAAGUUCAAGGAGAAAUAUCAGAGCUAAACAUACUCCCCUCUCUCUCACUAACGUGUAUGUUGCCCAUUUCCCUCCCACACUUGGUCUUUGCUGCUUUUGCUCUGAAGCUUCAUUAGCAGGAAGGCAGCUGGCCUCGGGAUGCUUGCAAUGGAGGCUACUCAGUGUGUGUGCUCUGUCCCCUCGAGAGGCUCCCCAACUCUUCCGUGAUGCUGCUUUACAUUGUUAGAGGCCACCCCUCAAAUCAGCUGUGGAUUUUGUCUCCUGCACUGCCAAUAUGCAACUGAUCCUGCUUUUAUUCUAUGAAGCUCACAGAAUUUUUACACGGUGUAGUAUUUUGAUAUCAUUCAGUUAUCCCAGACAGAAAACUCCUUGGGCAAUAGUUGCUUUGUUGUCAGUUUAAGUUAAAAUCCUCUUUACCCGUUAAAACUUCUAUUAACGUUCCUUUUAUAUGAAGAGUUGUAUAUGUCCACCUAAAUUCCAUUGUCCACACUUAACCUUUAGAGAGGUGCAUUGGGAGAAUAUCUGAAAAUAGAGUUCCUGGCUAAGAUUAUAUAAAAUGGAAAAGCACAGCAAACUGCGUUGCACUCAAAUACGUAAAGCAAAUCUAGUAGGAAAAAAGCACUUUUCUAAAUGCUCAAAUGUUAUCAAAAUAUUAUAUUUAUAGAAGUAAUCCUCUCUCUCUUAACAGCCUGGAUUUGCUGUUAGAAAUAACUCUUGUGAGUUUUAUAUUGUGCUUUUGGGGGGUUCUAAUCAUUUCAGCAGUAGUAUAUUUUAAACAGCAGUAUUACUGUCAGCAGUGUGCUUCAGAAUGUGAAUUAACUUGUUGAAACUGUGGCUUUAACAUCUACGUGAUUAGUGUAUAUGGUAUUUGCUCUCCGUUAGCAGAAGAAUUCAUUAUCAACUUCACUAGUGCAGGUCGCAGUUCUGUGAGCAGUGUUUCCUAUUGAAUAUAAACUACUGUCUAAAAUAGACAUAUCGUGCAGCAGCUCAGCCUUUAUCAGGAAAACUAUAUUUGGCAAGUUGCUGAAAGGGCACAGAGUUAUGAAAGUUAAAGGUAUGCUGCAAAAAACUAGCCAUUAUUCUGUGUUAUUAAAAUAUUUACCAGUUCUGUUAAAAGCAGAGCAGAAAUUAGACACUAAGGAUCUCUUUGUGAAUUCUUUGUUCCCUAUAGUAGAUUGCUGUUUAUAUGUAAGAAUUUUAUUGCUUAUGUGGCAUACAAUAUUUAUAACUAUAUACUUUAUAGAAGUACAGUAUUAAAGCCAGUGGUAUACCAACAUUCUGUACAUACCCUGUGAAAUGUGCUGUCAUAUGAAAUAAAUAUACCUGUCUUUA